AUGGUUGGCGUCACGGACAAACUGCGUCACAGAAAGCAGCUCGCUAAGUGCUUCUACGACCGGACUGCUCGAGACCUACCAGAGCUGGAGUGGAACUCUGGAGCUUUGUCCGUGACCAUCAGGAAGCGGCGGCGGGGUGGAGACAAUGAGGGGGACCAGCUGGCCAAAAGGUCAGGAGGGGGGCAGGAGGGUCACGCCCUGGUGUCCAAGCUUGGCCAAGAUGUCUGGGACUCUGAGUCGUCCGGCAGUGACAGCAGUAGUGGUAUCAGUAGUCCUGAGAGGGCAGGGGGAGGAGCCAGCACCAGCACAUGUACACAGAGCCAGAAGAACGGCACUUCCCAGGGUCUCCUCAGUCCCUCGCCAGAAGACCCUUCAAUUUCCUCGUUGAGUCUCUAUGGCAGCACCACUCCCUAUGACCACAUCAACAGUGUCCUGAGGGAGGCCCACUUCUGCAGUCUGCAGACCAGAGGUCAGCCAGGAUCUACGUGA